AUGUCGGACUUUUCGCGAGACAGAAAGGAUCUCGAGGCUAACAAGGGCCCCAACCUGACUGGCGAGGAGCCACUCGAUAUCAAUAGUGCAGACGCAGGCCUCAUACAAGAUGAGGUCCGUCGUGCCAUUCAGAUUCAGAAUGCGUUCACGCCCUUGCGCAAACUCCAUGAAGCAGAGCGAUGGAUGGAUCGCCAGCUGGGCGGGGAGAACUACUUCGAGACUCAGGGUAUCGAUCGCAUCCCCGACGAGGCCAAGACGCCCCCGUCCAUCUGGAAUGCCCUCAUGAUGUGGUCGUCGGUUGUGAUGCACGUUGGAACAAUCCCCAUGGGUGUUCUGGGGGCUGAAUAUGGACUGUCCUUCAACGGGGCCAUGUCAUCGGCCACAGUCGGUAUAAUGGUCGGGGCAUUGUUUACCGCAUACACGGGCACACUGGGUCCCAAACUGGGCCUUCGUCAGAUUGCCACUUCGCGGUAUUCCUUUGGAUUCUGGGGCGCGAAACUGUGCUCGGUCCUCAAUGUGGUGGUGGGAGGCGGUUUCGCUGUCGUCAACGCCGUGGUCGUGGGCCAAAUCUUGUCCGCAGUGUCUGAUUACCACAUGUCGAUUAUUGUUGGGGUGGUGAUCAUCGCGGUCAUCUCAUUUAUUCUCUCGGUCUUUGGGUUCAGGUUGAUUCAUACCUUUGAGAAGUAUGCCUGGAUUGCGGCAUUCGUCCUGUUUGUCGUUCUGUAUGCGCAGGCGAGUCCACAUGCACCGCCUUUGGAUACGCCCAGUUCCGACAAGGGCAUCGAGCUUUCAGGUGCAUGGCUAUCCUUCUUUGCCUUGCAGUUUUCUUCGGUUUCAGGAUGGUGCUCGAUGGCAGCCGACUACUACUGCAACUACCCCAAGGAUACCAGCAAGAUAAAAAUCUUCUUGCUGACCUGGAUCGGUCUCGUCCUUCCUACCUGCUUCACAACUUAUCUGGGAAUAGUGCUAGGACAAGCCGCGACGUUGAAUGCCUAUCCUCCGUACGCAGAUGCCUACAACAACCAUGGACUUGGUGGAUUGCUUCUGGAAGCAUGGCAUCCUGAAGGAUGGUCCAAGUUUGCUCUGGUCAUCUCCGUGUUUACCGUGUGUGGUAACAAUAUUGCCAUCAACUACUCUUCCGGCCUGUCGCUCCAGCUGUUAGGCGACUAUUUCCACGCGAUUCCUCGCUUUGUCUGGUCGUUCCUUGUCGCUUUGGUCGUUGCUAUCCUAGCGAUCGCAGGUCGAGAGCACUUGUCGACGAUUGUAUCCAACUUCGUUUCCAUGCUUGGAUACUGGACUGUUUCCUUUACUAUCAUUCUCCUUAUCGAAGACUGUGUUUUCCGCCAUGGCGUGGAUUAUAACUUAAAGGCAUGGGAUAAGCCCGACGAACUUCCAGUUGGUCUGGCGGCUGUCUUCUCCUUGAUUGCCGGAUACUGCGGCGGUGGUGUUCCAGGUAUGGCGCAGGUCUGGUACAUUGGGCCUAUUGCUGCCAAGUUCGGGGGAGCCGGUGGAGACGUUGGUAUCUUCCUCAGUGGAGUUAUCACGCUCAUUGUAUAUCCCGUCACUCGAUAUCUGGAGAGGAAGUAUACUGGUCGAUAA